AUGGCACAGAAACCUUCCCUAGUCGGCUCAAUAGUCGAGAGGAAGCAGCCUUCAUCAUUUCCAACGCCAAAGCCUUUUUCAUCGUCCAAGACAGGAUUUCCGACCGUUCAGCAUCGCUCCAAAAGCGCUUUUAGUCGCAAUCGCGAAGAGCUUCGUAAAUUUGGGGCCAAUAGAGCCAAAGAAGUACCUUCCGUGUUGCCAUCCAAUAAGCCGCUUUCGCCUCCCCCCACACCUCCAACCUCAGAGCCAAGUGACUGGAGAGACCAAAUCAGCAGGGAUAAUGAGGAACGGGUAGCACAGAUGACAGAAGAGGAACGCGAGGAAGAGAGAAGGCAGAUUAUUGAGAGAUUCGGGGCAAACGUUGGAGACAUUUUAAAGCGUGCUCGUUUAGCGCGAACCAAAACCUCGCAGAAGGAUGCUUCAGAGAAGGUCCCAGAGAUUGAGGUUCGGGAGGCUACACCUAAUUCUGCGCAAGAACCCAUUCCAAUAUCGCAUGAGGACAGACCUAUAGAACGAGCACUGUCACCUCCUCCUUCUGCUCUCGCCACACCAAGCAACAGCCGACCCUCUAGUCGUACCGAUCGCAAAUUGCGAUUUGCUGAGCUCGAACCCAAUGAUGUCCAUGUCUACGAGUCCGCACCAUCCACUCCCAAGAAACGCAAAGCACUUGCCCUUCCUCCUCCCGAUCCGAACGAUAAGCAUGGUGCAGUUUCUCUGGGCCAGUGGAAAGGCAAGAUGGUGCCGGACAAGGCUGGCCAAAUUGAACUGGAUCCACCUCCCAUUCCUAGUGAACCAGAAGAACCCGAAGAAGGCUCCGCGGAGUAUAUUCGCCGUCAUUUUUUCCCUCAUGCACCAAAAGACGAUCCCAACCUUGCCUGGAUGGACCUUGAUCCAGCCACUAGACCUAAUGCUGGCCCUUCAUCAUCGACCUUGAGGUUUGAUCUUCAUGGCAAUCCUAUCCCUCCAUCACUCUCCGAAAGCCUUCCUACACAUCUUGGACUGCAUCAUCAUGCAGAAGGAUCUCAUGCUGGAUAUACUCUAGAUGAUAUAUUCUUAUUAUCAAGAUCCACGGUACCUGCUCAGAGGGCUACUAUGCUCAGCGUGUUGGCGCGCAUAGCAAGCAAGUUGGAGAAUGUGAAACAAGGAAAAGUUGAUGACAUGAAUGAAUUGGUUGGAAAAGAGGAUGAGCUUCGAAAUAGGAUACUUGCCGCCGGAAUUGAAGCCCUAUCAAGCCGAGGCAAUGUUGGCACACGCGCCAUAGAAGUUGUUUGGGAAUGUAUUGUAGGCUGGAAUCUGGAUAUCAUGGAUCUCGAAGGGGUAGAACUCGAAUCACCUUCCGAUACUACCAUUGAGACUCUGCCUCUUGAAUUUUUCUUGCCUCAGGUCACCACCAUUUUGUCGCAAGGUGGUGUUCCACCGGAAUCUGCAAGCCAACUUCUUUCUAUCUUGCAUCGUCUGACUCAGGAAAAUUCCACUAUCGCAACUAGUAUCGUGACGACACCAAAACUGUUGUCGACUAUCCUCCAGACAUUCCUCUUAACUCCAAUACCUCAUCAAGAUUCGUCUUCUUCUACUCUUCCUGACCCCAUUGCAUUGCAAUUUUUCAACACGCUAGCCCUUUCUUCUCGAUCCAAUGCCGAGGAAAUUGAAAAACUUGCAGACUCUCUUCUUCGAUUUGUUGUCUUCUCAUCCUUUGACUCGCCAUAUCCUCCAGCACUUGCAAUGUCUCUUCUUAUAUUCACACUUCGAUUGUAUAAAGUUCUUGCAUCCUAUGGGUUGUAUUCUCAUAUUGCGGGUACCGCUGUCGAACAAUUGGCUCAUAUUGAGCAGUUUGUCAUCUCAGAAGCAUGCAACUCCACGGAAUUAACUGUAGCUUGGGCGAACCUUGUCGAAGCGUGGACAGUGUGCGCUACGGACCCCCACCAGACAACUCCACCUCAUGACAUAUUAUGGACCCAAGUUGUGGGUUGGAAUUGGAAUGUUGGGAUUUCGGAGCUUCAGGAACGCUUGGAGGCUCGAGAGACAGAUUGGCCGAUGUGGACAGCUUCAUGGCAAGCUCAGGCCGCAUGGUUAGAAGGGUCAAAAAUUAAUGCGAUCAAGGGCGGGGAGGCCGAGAGAGUUGAGCUCAUGGAAUCGGUCAAAGAGGGCUUCGAGUCCGGGAAAGAGUCGAAGGUCAUACAUGGGGCAUUGAAUGGGUUGAGGAAAGAGCUGCAAGGUUAUAUUGAAGGCAAUAUUGACCAGUUGAAGGCCAUGGCAAAUAAUGCUUCUGUCUUGGCAUCCGCAAUACGACUCUGGCUGUCUUGUAUCCCACCUCAUCUCGAAGGCGUGCCAUCAUCGCCUCCAUUUUCUCUCCCAUUCGUCGGAUUGUCGGAAUUGUCCCGUCAAUUGCUGGAGUAUCCUCUCUGGGCACUCAUGGAUUCGUCAAAUUCAUCCCGUGGUUAUCUUUAUUGCCGGGAAAUGUCACGAUUCAUGUCAUACUAUCUUCUUCUUUCGAGGCGAUUACCCCAAACUUCUCAAAGUUUGUGGUUGGCUCAGUCAUUUUCUAUUCUUCAAAGGCUAGGGCCGGGAGAUGAAGAUUUUGCGCAAUUGGUUAUCUCUGAGCUGUCUAAAAUACUGACACAGCAAUGGGCUGAAAGUCAAAAGAUAAAUGUAUCGCCAGUCAUUUGGGAGAAAGGAGGAUUGUCCAUUUUAGAGCCGUUCAUGUCAAACCUUCUUCGACCGAACCUGGAGGCGGUCAUUGGGCCGCUGACUAUGACGCCUCAAUCCAUUAAAUCGUCGACUUCACAGCGCCUUCCGGCCCCUUCAGCGUCAAAGAAGCUGGGUAUGCCUUUACGUCGGGAUUGGACGACGUCUCCACUAGAUCAUUUAUUGCGGUCUGGAGAUUCGGAGGUCUUCAAGGCAUUACCUAUAUCUUGGGACUCCUCCGAGGUUGAAGUAGCGCGUGCAUCCUUGUUUCUGACAAAGGUCGUCCAGGAAUCCCUGCUCAACUUUUCGAUGACUUCAUUCGUCGUAUCACGAGAGGAGGCAGAACUGUCCUGCAUGAAAAUAUUCAUGUUAGAGCAUGGUCAGACUCAGACUGAUUCUACAGAGGAAGUGUUCCGGGAUAGUGUUGUUGAGCAUCUGAUGGAAGACAUAUUGCGGCCUUAUGCAAUUGGCUCCUCGGAUGCAUCUAUUGUUGCCAGAACGAACCAUGAAGACCUUGAAAAGGUGGCGAGUAGAUUCCUGGGCACGGGUGUUCCCUUUUUCCAGUUUUAUACCGACUUUGUUUCUCUUUAUGACGCCAUAUCUUUUUCGCAUCCUCUUUUUGCUCGUCUGCUUCUACCGCCCACGUCAAUGCGGUAUCCCCUUGAUUACAGAAAACAUCUUUGGUGCGACUUCAAUCAUGUGGUGAAGACGAUCCGCGUACCGGAAUUACAGGUGUUAUCCGCAGAUAUUCGAGAAUACUUUUAUCCGAUUGAAAAAGAUCCUCAAGUCAUCGCAUCGUAUCUCAGUUCUUUGCUGAAAGACGAUGUUCAUGAUUUUGUUCGUCUUGUAGCUCUGCAUCAUAUCUCCUCCAACAUUUGGCCCGACUUACAAGAAGAACCUAGAAGAGACUCAUCUGAAGCUCGAGCAAGCACGCUACUGAAAACUGUCGUUGGCCAAAGUAAACUCGAGAUCAUCAGGGACGUUGUGCGCUAUCGUCAGCAACCGGCUGGAUCAAUUUCACUUCCUCCUCACUGUUUCGAGGAUCUUGUUGCCGUCAAAGCAUCUAGAUUAGAUUGCAUCAUGAAAUGGGGAGGUCAAGCAAUGUUCGAUAGACUGCAAGGAUUAUUAAAUGAAUAA